UAACGACUUUAAACGGCCAUUAUUAAAGCGAGUGAACGGGAAGGAAACGCCGUCGUUUUUCAAAGAACUGUACUUUAUGGACCAAGUGCCAGCAGGAACAGCAAAGAAGAAGGGAGAGAAAAGUCAACAGCCUCAAGAACUCAUCAGUUCAAAAUUUCAAGUGGAACCAGAAGAAGCCAACAAUUCUUGCUCAAGAUUCAUAUAGCUUUGAAGCAGAGUCAUAUUGUAGCAGCAAGCUAAUACCCAUAUUGAAUUCUGGUAUGGGUAAGGGUGGUGGAUGUGUACCAAGCAAGACAAAGUUGCCCGUAGGAGUAUCUGAUCAAGAUCCUCCCCUUCCAGAAAGAAACUCUCCAAUUAUUACCCAAAACCAAAACCAAAGCGAAAGCGCAACCCAAACCCACUCCACCACAAUCCAGAAUAGCACCACACUAGCACUUAAGAAGCUUAAAAUCUUCAUAAUUUUUUACUCGAUGUAUGGCCAUGUGGAGUUCUUGGCAAGAAGAAUGAAGAAGGGUGUCGAUUCCAUUGAUGGUGUCGAAGCAGUUUUGUUCAGGGUCCCAGAGACACUACCAGUGGAGGUUUUGGAGCAAAUGAAGGCACCCCCUAAGGGAGAUGAGAUUCCUGUGGUGUCAGUUGAUGAGCUAGUCAAUGCUGAUGGGUUCUUGUUUGGGUUCCCAACCAGAUUUGGUUCUAUGUCAUCUCAGAUGAAAGCGUUUUUUGACUCCACAGAUGAAUUGUGGAUGGAACAAAAGCUAGCAGGAGUGCCUGCUGGGUUCUUUGUGAGCACUGGCACGCAGGGGGGCGGGCAAGAGACAACAGCCUGGACAGCAAUUACUCAAUUGGCGCAUCAUGGGAUGCUCUAUGUUCCCAUUGGGUACACUUUCGGAGCUGGAAUGUUUAGAAUGGAUUCCAUUAGGGGAGGGUCUCCAUAUGGUGCUGGAGUCUUUUCUGGAGACGGCUCGAGGCAGCCAACUGAAACAGAGUUGGCUCUUGCUGAGCAUCAGGGAAAAUAUAUGGCUACAGUAGUCAAGAGAUAUGCUAAGCCUUUCUCGCUGGUGUCUGGUAACAACCAUAGCUAGUGUUAAUGAAGCCAAGAUCCAUUUGCAUAUGCACCAUGUUUGUUAAUUAGUUUUGUGCAUGCUUCUCUCUGUUCUUGAGUCAAUAGAUGCAGCAUCUCAGUAGAUCUUAUCUAAACGAUCGAGGAGCUUGUGAUUUUGUAAUUAAAUGUGCACGUACUUCCAAUUUUCACUGGUUCUUCGCGUCUAGCUCCUCAAUGGUUGGAAAUCUUACAUAUUUGUAUAUGGUUUGAAAUUGUCAUUCGAUUGUGUCCGUUUAUUUUUCAUGUAAACUAUUUGAUUGUAAUGUCAUAAUGAUCAAUAAAAUUUGUGAGGGUUUUUUUAUUGAAAAUAAAAUCUUUUCAUUCAAA